AUGAUUCACGUACAGCAGUAUGUGAAGGAGCGGCAGGCGACGGCCCUCAUGGCUGAGAAGAAGCAGCAGGACGCGGAGAAGAUGGCCGAGAGGUGGCAAAUCGAAGUCCGCCGCUGCCAGGCCGAAAAGGACCGCCUGGCGGCCGCCGUGCUGGACAUGGAAGGCCGCCAGAGUGGGCAGGCACAGCAGAUGCAGGGGGCCGUGGACCAGCACCGCCGCCAGGUCUCCGCCCUGGAGGAUGCGCUCCGAAGGAAGGAGGACCAGAUGCGAGAACAGAACAUGGAGCUGAUGUCGAGAAGGGAUGAGGAGUACCAAGCGAAGGUGGCCCUCGAGAAGCAGAGAGAGAAGGAGCGGUCCAUCGCCCUGCUCAAGAAGAAGGAGCAGGAGGUGCACAUCAAGGAGCAGCAGCUGCGGGCGGCGAAGCAGCGGAUCCAGGACCUGGAGUCCGAGUUGCGCAGCACCACAACAUCUGCAGGCUCCGAGAAGCAGCGGCCAACUUGCAACCGUGGAGAUGGCUCUGCGCUGCCGCCCUUGCCGCUGUCCGCUCGCUGA